AUGCUAAGAUUACCUCCAUUGACAUUUAGGUACACAUAUUCUGGAAAAGACUACACAAUUCGAGCAGGUUCUAAUCGACACGACAUGGGUGGUGAGAUUUACUCGGUAAUAGAAGCAGUGAGACACCCAAAUUACAAUGCAUAUAAUACUGAUAAUGAUGUGGCUCUGGUGCGAGUUGAAAAACCAUUUUCACUGAAUGGGAAAUCCUUGCGCGAGGUGAAAUUAGUGAAUUCAGGAGGUAAUCCAUCGAGCGGCACUUUAGUGACAGCCACCGGAUGGGGCACCUUAGAGCAUCAUGGCACCGGUACAAAUAAGCUGAGAAAAGUUACAGUUCCAAUUGUAGAUCAACAAAAAUGUCGAAAACUCUAUGAUGCAAAUGAUGAUAUUAUUACGAGCAAUAUGGUAUGUGCUGGUGUUCGAGGUAAAGAUUCUUGCCAAGGUGACAGUGGAGGGCCAUUAGUAACAGAAGAUGAAAUAUUAGUCGGAAUCGUAUCUUUUGGAUCAGGAUGUGGCCAACUACCUGGAGUUUAUACAAGAAUUGCUUCACCACAAAUAAGAGAGUUCAUAAAUAGAAUUGCUCAUGUAUAA